AUGUAAAUACAAAAUCAAAUUGGAGAAGGGCUGUUCGGUCACAUUCAUAAAUGUCUAACGGAAGAGGGAAACACUUGUGCAAUUAAAAUUUAUAAGGAAGAGUGUCCCAAAAAAUUAAGGGAGAAAGAGAUAAAGAUUCUACAAUCAAUCAGUCAUCCAAAUAUUCAGAAAAUUGUGAAGUCGGAUUGUGAAUUCAAAUGGUUUAUUACAGAACUCAUGAAUUAGGAUCUCUAUUCUGUAAUCACAAAAUAUGGCACUCUCUAAUAGAGCACCAUAAAAUAAAUUCUAUUAUAACUAAGUAAUGGAUUAUCUUACUUACAUUAACUUGGCUAUGUUCAUAGAGACAUCAAAUUAGAGAAUGUAAUGAUGACUAAAGAACCUAAUGUAAAAUUGAUUGACUUUGGUCUAUCUGUCUAUAUUGAUUCUAAUAAGUUAUAUCCAAGACAUUGUGGAACUCCCACUUACAUGGCACCAGAGUUACAUUAGGAAAACAAUCUAAUUAUAGGAGAAAUUCUGAAGAAAUCUGAUGUAUUUUCACUUGGUGUAUUAAUUUUUACUCUUUGUUAUGGCUAUCCACCUUUCACCAUUGCAAAAUCAACAGAGUGUAAAUUCUGGUAAACUAUUGAAUAGAAAAAAUGGUAAGCCUUCUGGAAUUAUUUUGAUAAAAAAAUCAUUAGAUCAGAUUAACAUUUCAAGGAUUUGAUUCAAAAUAUGUUAGAUCCUGAUAACAAAUCAAGAUUCACUAUAGAAUAAGUGAAGUAACAUUAAUGGUUGAAUGAUGAAGGAAAUUUAAAUGAACUAUUAUGA